GUUUGGAACAACCAAGGCAAGGUUGCAAGAGGCCCCGGCAUUGGCUUUACCAGACUAUUCCAAAAAUUUCGUGUUAUUCACGUCAAUCUCAGCAGGGGGAAAGUUUGCAUGUGCGAUUCUUUGUCAGCCUACAGGCACUGGGUCUGGACCCCAACCUGUGGCCUAUUAUUCAACAUCCUAUUCCGAGGUGGAGAUGGGACUGCCGCCUUGCUAUAGAGCUAUGGUGGGAGUCUAUUUGAUGUACGACAAAGCCUCUGCCAUAACCAUGGGCUAUCCUGUGACCAUUCUGACUCACCAUAGUCUUCGGACUCUGUUAAACCAUGGCAAGUACACCUUGACAGAGCCCCGGCUCCGGGACUAUUACAGACUUUUCGAGCAAGAGGAUGUCACUCUAGCAAGGUGUACUACUGUAAACCCAGCUGAAUUUUUGCCAACUUCAGAGGACGGAGACCCUCACGAUUGCUUACAUGAGUCAGAAAAAUACUCGAGAUUACGGUCUGAUUUGCAAGCCAUCCCCUUGGGCGAGGCGGAUCUCGAACUCUGGACGGACGGUUCUUGUUAUCGAGUCGGGGAAAAUUUGUGCGCUGGCUAUGCAGUGGUACAAGCGCAAGGUCCUGAGUUUGUGACAAUCAAAGCCGAAGUGGUACCACAACCAGCCUCGGCCCAGCUUGCUGAACUGGUGGGGUUAACGGAAGCGUGCUUGCUCGCGGAAGGGAAAAGAGUGACGAUCUAUACAGAUUCCGCAUACGCGCAUAGUGUGUGCCACCUGUUUGGUGCUGUGUGGAGGAAUCGGGGCUUCAAGAAAACUGACGGUUCCCCCAUCCAGCAUCAUGCGCAGAUAAUGAGACUGCUGAUGGCUAUGAUGAAGCCCAGUGAAAUAGCCAUCGCGAAGUGUGCGGCCCACAAGUCCGAUGCGUCCAGGGUCACGCAGGGAAACAAGAUGGCAGACGAGGCAGCCAGGGCUGUCACGAAGGGAAGCCAGAAGGGAAGAGUUUUGUUAGUAACGCAUGAGGUUGACCUCGAGGACAGGGUCACGCUCAGGGAUGUGCUGUUGAUGCAAACGGCAGUUAAUCCGAUGGACAAACAUCUUUGGGCGCAGAGGGGGGCGAGUCAGGACUCUACCGGCGUUUGGAGAAAUCACGAGGGUCUGAUAGUGGCGCCGCCAGAUUUGUUGGGACUGUUAAUCCAGGAGGCACAUGGGUUAGCCCAUGUGUCAAGGGGGGAGGUGAAGCGAAAAAUAACCGCAGAAUAUGGGUUUUGGGCGCCAUAUCUACUCGAACAAAUCGACCAGGUCAUUGGAAGAUGUGUAAUUUGUUUGAAAAACAAUGUGAGGAGAGGGGUAGCCACCCCCACGGGUUACAUCCCGACUCCUAAUGGCCCCAUGAGAGAACUAGUGAUAGAUUUCGUCGACAUGAUACAACCUGUUGAAGGGAAAAGAUACAUGUUGGUGGUCGUAGACCGAUUCUCAAGAUGGCCGGAGGCCUGUCCAACUAAACGAAAAGAUGCUCAGUCUGUGGCCAAGUUUCUGUGCCGUGAAGUCAUCAGCAGAUGGGGUCUGCCGGAUAGGAUUUCUUCAGAUAACGGGAGAGAGUUUGUGGAUAAAACGGUCAAAAUCAUAUUUCAAAAAUUGGGAAUUAAACAGCGGCUUGGCGCAGUAUAUCAUCCACAAAGCCAAGGCAUUUGUGAAAAAAUGAACGGCGUUUUAAAAAAUAGAAUUUCCAAAAUUUGUCAACAUACAGGCUUGAAUUGGAUAGCUGCCUUACCACUGGCACUGAUGGUCUGCAGGUCGAGUCAACUACGCGAUUUGCAUUUGACCCCACACGAAUUGGCAACCGGUAGACGCAUGCCUUCACCAUGUUUGCGAACCAGUGGGAAAGGCCCAAGCCUGUCAAUUUUGGAGGACGAAAUGAAAGCCUAUGUCAAACACUUAACCACGAUACAUAGGAAUAUUUCCACCUAUGUUGUUGACAGGCAGAAACAAGAGGAGGCACAAGAGAGACUCGAGGCAAAUACUAAAGACACUGUUCAGCCAGGAGACAAGGUGUAUGUGAAAGUGUUCCGGCGCAAGUGGUUCAACGAAAGGCGGCAAGGGCCAUUCGAAGUUGUCCGCUGUACCGGAACUGCGGUGCAAGUACAAGGGUCACCAACUUGGUACCAUUUGACACACUGCGUCAAGGUGCCCAAAGAUGAAGAUCCCCAAAGAGGGAGGCGCGACUGCGAAACUGCAGAACCACUGCCAGAACAAGAAUCGCCAGAGGGCCCGAAUCGGGACAAAGAUGGGCAUGAUCAAGCUGUGGUGGAUAAUGUGUCUGCUGAACCUGUCCCUGAGGACAUCGCGGGCAGCACAGCCGACGACAGAGGAAACCAACAGUUCAACGAUAUCAAUCGUGACGACGCACCCUCCCCAGGCGCAGAUGACGACCCUCAGCACAACAACACUGAGCCAACUACCGCCAGAGGUAGUGCCCCCAGAGAACAACGCCACCCAGCAGGACCCAGCGGCGGACGCCCAGUCCGCCACAGAGUCCGGCCGGAGCGGUACAUUGAGCAAUGUUGAGGGAGUGUUGGGGGGGGCUGCAAUACUGCCAUGCAAUUGCAGAAAGGAAGAAGGGUCCCUGUGCAGACGCACCGCCGAAUGGGAAGACAACACCGAACCCCUGGAUGUGGACCGGGGCCGUGCAAGGGACUCUAUGGACAGUGAACUGGACAUAAGGACUUUGUAUGGACAGCAGGCCCUGGGCAGGGGUACCUGGCACGACCCACCAUGGGAAGAUUCGGUGGACUGGACUCUGCCUCAGCACGCACUCACACAUGAGAAGGGGGGCUACAGUUUGGGGUUUUGAGUCGAUAAGCAUGUUUUGAUACCUCUUUGUUGUAUACCUCGUUUUUUUUUAUAUUCCGUUUUUUAUACCGCAUUUUGUUAAAUCAUGGCAUGUUGAUUAGGUGACGAUGCGACUUGACCGUUUGGCAGUUGUUGAACGUGUCAUUUCUUUUUCUUACUGUUCUGUGAGCUCAUACUGUUUUGUGAUGUGUGCCAGGACUCCUUGUUACCUGGCUGACGCCAGGUGGAGGGAAUCACUGGGGUUGUUAGAAAGGGCCUCCCUCUUUUUCCUUGUCAUUAGACAGGCAGGUUUUUUCUCUCGAGGGAGGGCCGACAGCUUUUUGGGGUUUCUAACGGACCACGCCAAAUUCAUUACUUCCCAAAUUAUCGAUGGUGUUACGGUAUUACCUAAGGGGGGUGGUUAUCGUCAUUUGGAGGAGGUGGAUUUCGAUUUUCCUUAUUUGUGGUUCCUGUGAGGCCCCAGGUUGCUGUCAGGGAGCAGUUGGAUACUUAAAGAGUUUGAGCUUUCCUAGACAAUGUAACCUUACGUAGCAUGUCUUGAGCGUGAUUUAGGCUGCGAAUUUCUAGGCCGUAUUGUAGACGUGACUGUAAAAUUUGGUUGGGUGAAGAUUUUUGGAUGUUUACCGAUGUCAUCUUUCUUUUUCGGACGUUUUCGGGACAUUUAUAACGUCCCGGAGGGGGGAAUGAGGUAAAUUUUAGAUUCUAGGCGUCGCCGUAUGUCACCUUAAAUGGUGACUUAGCUGCAGUGAGGAGACCAUAAGCUAUUUUGGCUGGCCAGAGAUGCCUCAGUUUCUGCAAGGUAUAUCAACUUAGAAUAUAGAAGGGAGCAGCUGUUGUUAUGCAGGGGAAAGCGUCUUCUACAUGUCCUUCUUAGGACAUUUGGGAGCAACGAGUAGACUAAAAUACGAACAGCAGCUGCACCCCAAGUCAUGACAUCAACGGUUCGGGCAGGUAUAAGAUAGGCUUGUCUGUGAGAGGGGGGAGCUUUUUUGGGGCGAACAUCUGUGCCGUCGAGAGCUGAACCAUCUUUGCUUUUGGGGCCACUCAAACUUUUGGAGAGACAUCACUUUGACAUCGGUUGAAUAAAAUCUUUUCCCAAUCAGCCGUGUGUCACUGGAGUGCUUGGCCGGGACAGCCAUUGUCCACUGAGUGUUUUUUGGAGACCAGCGAAACAACAAAGA